GCGCGUGUAUGACACGUUUAGUGCAAAUUCCUAAAUUAUGGCUGAAGUUUUGUGAUUGAAAGCGUUGUUUGUGGCAUGUAUACGGUUACUGGAGGCGUGUUGACGGACGGUAUGCCUCGAGCAGAAGUGACGCGCCACGACGCUACGCGACGCCGACGCCGGGGCCUCUGCCAAGCCGACACUCCCGCUCACUCGCCAGUGUCCGAGACGACCAUGCCGCCUCCACGUCGCGCCUCCAUCAUGUCGUACUCAGCGUCCUCGCGCCGUAACAGCUCUGUCAAGACUCACACUGUGGAGUUUGACGAAAAUGAGGCAUUUCUCUCUGUGCCUCCCCUGGACCUCAUGGACCAUAUAGUUGGCUACGAGACCAUUUCAUUUGAUGCCAUGUGUGUGCCACCACCUCCAGCCAGCAGACUAGUGCUGGAUCAAGAACAGGAAUACUGCAGCAUUGAGACUCAACAUCCAACACUGACGGAGCAACAAGUACGACAGGCUCUGAUGAUACACAUAGCCAAACACUCCUGUUACGGUCAUGAUGCAGCCAAAACUCAGGUCAUCACUGCACUGCAGGCGUCCUCUGCUUUCCAUUAUCAGUUAGAAACAUUUACAGAGAGGAGAGAGAAUUCAUGGGCCUACACAUCAUUCUCACCAGUGAUAGAGAUAGAUGGGCCUGAUAACGGUCCUGCACCUCUGCCAUGGGAAAUACCUGUAACUCCUCGGGGAAUGUUUGAGGCCGAAGUCAAGACACUCAAGGUACCGCAUACCUCUUCUGUCAAGAACUGUUUCCGGUGUAACAGUCUGGGUUCCAUUGCUUGCCAGGAGUGUUAUGCCAAGGGUUGGAUAAGAUGUCUUCAUUGCCACGGAGACGGGUUCAGCUCUGAGUACGACUACAAGGAGCGCUGUUUCUACUGCAGAUCGUCUACCCACGGCUUUGGCCGUCUCGACUGUCUGCGUUGCAAGGCUUCUGGGCGACUCAUGUGCCAGACCUGUGAGGGUACAGGGCUCAUGAUAUACUACAUCCUUCUCACUGUCACUUGGAAAACGAACACAUCUGAGUUCAUCAAGAAGAACGUAUCCUUACCAGAAAAGUUUGUUAGGUUUGUGUCCGGAGAAGAAAUUUUUUCGCAGAUUAGUGAACGAAUCAAACCCCUCUCUGACUUCCCAGAGGAGACAAUCAUCGAAGCGUCCAAAGAUUUAGUAUACAACCACAUAAGCACCUUCACUGAUCAAAAAAUACUAAUGCAGAGACAGAGUAUAAGAGCAGUUCCUAUCACACAGGUGAAGUACAGGUGGAAAGGGUAUGAGGGACAGUAUUACGUAUUCGGGAAAGAGAACAGAGUGCAUGCUCCGGACUAUCCCCAGACCUGCUGUUGUGGUUGCAAUAUUAUAUAACUGUAUGAGUCAGUCACAUUUACAAGAGCGUGUUGUUGGUUCAAUCGCUCUACAUUCCUUGGGCAAAUUCUGUAACAGAAUAAUCAAGGGUGGAUGGAAAACUAUGUAGUUAUAUACUGGAAGUGCAACCUAACUAAAUACGGGUCAGUGAUGGCAAAAAUUGUUUGGAGAAGUAAAACCUGAAGAGAGGUGUUCAAUUUUUUAACUAAAGAGAGUUCUUAUAGAUAUAUAAAAGUAAUAUUGCUUAACAGACAGAAUGAGGUACAACAUUUUUAUGAUAUUAUGUCUUGAACAUUUUAUUGUUGUGUACAAGCAAUGCACAGCAGCAAUUUAAAAGUCGAUUUAAAAUAAAAUUUACUUAAAACAUCCAGUCAGAUAUAUAUAUAUAUUUAAUAAAGUCAUAAAGUAUCCACAAUUGUUACCAGAGAGGUUUCGCUGAAGGAGAAAUUUCUCUUCCUGUGGUUGGCAGCAAUAGUGGAGAAAAUGCCGAGACAUUCGGACAUUCUUCUGAAGAAAGCAUAUGGAGAAAAGCGAUUAAAAGAUGGAUAUGUGUAGGGUAUAAUAAAAAAUGUGAAAGAGUAACCAUGUUCAGAGACACGUUUGAUGUGACUAAUAAACAUUGCUUCUUGAUGAAAAUCAUUAAAUGGUGAUUUCCUUUUGAUCCUAAGCCAUUGAAUUGAAGUAAAAAAAGGAAUCAAACAUCCAAACUCAGCCUCUUCCUUAAAAACAACCGUCAUUCAAUGGAAUAGAUGUGCUUCUGUGCUGCCAACAGCAAGUAUAGAAAUUAUCUCCUCCAUCCCAGUGAAUCCCAGUUUUUUUAUGUGAAACAAUUAUUUCGGGUACUUAUUUACUGUCCUUUAUAAAUUUUGUUUGAAUAAAAAAACUGUUUAAUUUGGUACUAAUUGUAAUGUAUACAAUGAUUGACAGUAUAUAGAUUGAAGUGUACAAUGAGAUUUAAUUAUAUACUCUUAAGUAUUCAUUACGUAAUAUAUUUAUUCAAUAUACUCAUGUCCACCUACAGCAACAGUGUACUCCUGUCUGCCUACAGCAACACUGUCUGUACUCAUGUCCGCCUACAGCAACACUGUCUGUACUCAUGUCCGCCUACAGCAACACUGUCUGUACUCAUGUCCGCCUACAGCAACACUGUCUGUACUCAUGUCCACCUACAGCAACAGUGUACUCCUGUCUGCCUACAGCAACACUGUCUGUACUCAUGUCCGCCUACAGCAACACUGUCUGUACUCAUGUCCGCCUACAGCAACACUGUCUGUACUCAUGUCCACCUACAGCAACAGUGUACUAAUGUCUGCCUACAGCAACACUGUCUGUACUCAUGUCCGCCUACAGCAACACUGUCUGUACUCAUGUCCGCCUACAGCAACACUGUCUGUACUCAUGUCCGCCUACAGCAACAGUGUACUCCUGUCCGCCAACAGCAACCCUGUCUGUACUCAUGUCCGCCUACAGCAACACUGUCUGUACUCAUGUCCGCCUACAGCAACAGUGUACUCCUGUCCACCUACAGGAACAGUAUACUCAUGUCCGCGUUACAGAAAUAGUGACAAAAUAUAUUUAUUUUUUAAUUCAAACUCUAUUUUUAAAGUCCUUUUUAAAGUUAGAUUUUUUGGACGGUUCAAAUAUGGUUCCACUUAAUCACAUUAAAUAUUAGCAUUGUAAAACUGAUUUAGUGUUUGGUUUUGUUUUGGAUGAUCUUCAGUUUUUAUUUCCUUUUGGGAGCUAAGAUUAUUUUCUACACUGCAAGAUUUAAAAGAAAUGUCUUUAUACCUCACUUACAAAGCAAGAGGUAUUGCUUGAAACCAAUUCUUCAAGCAAAACAAAAAUCUGAAAAAGAUGAUUAUUCAAUAGUGAAAUAAUACUUCAUGUAUUCAUCUUCCUCACUGGUAAAAAUUAGUUGUAACUUUAGAAUGGGAUAAAAUUUAAUAUUUUCUCAAUUUUUAGUUUUAAGAACUGAAAUCUCUGUACACUGAUGUAUUAGUUACUGCCUUCCGAUGACCAUAAGACUAAAACAUACUCCGGUGCCACAGAUGCGCUACGUCGGCUGAGCUCGCACCAAUGUACUGAGCAUCAAUCUGUCAAGCAAGAGCACCCAAUGCCACCAUGGUCAGCAAGGCUCAGGUUCAAGAACAUAUACCAAACCUAUUGCUUUAUAUUUUUUAGGAGAAACCGUCGUAAUGAUUUAUUUAGGCCACUUUAUUUUUUAUUCAUAAGCAGCAGGUUGUACAACAUGGCAUUGUUUGUUGGCAGGACUUAUAUUUCAAGUUUCCCCAUUACAGUCAUCUACCGUAGUAUGUUGUUUCGUAUUACAAGUUUAAGAUUAAAAUUGUAGCUCUAAUAUUUAUCUUUUUGACAAGAUAAAUUAUUUUAAAAUCUUAAAAUUUGUGAUUAUAUAAAAUAUUUGAUUUCUUUUCAAUAGCAAAUCAAUCAUAAUAAAUAAUAAAAUGAAAAAUAAUAAAUAAGAUCCUUUAUCAAAACUUUCACUCUAUUUUAUGAACCACAAAAAAUAGUUUGCAAAACUUUUAUGGAAUGUUAUUGUUUUUGCUCUCUACUGUUUUUUCCCCAGUAAGUAUGGUUGGCCCAAGUUCCUUCUUAGCUGCAUUCAUCUGGUGUCUGUGGAGGUGGUGGGGGCAGGGUGGCAUGAAGCUAAAUAUGGCUCUGGGUAUUUCAGCUAUGUAAUGUCAAUAAUAUCCAAAUUAGCUGUUCACCAACUUUAAAAAUGUUAUAUAUUUUUUAAUUAACCAGUUAGGAGUAUAAUUACUCACAUAUCAGUUAAAUGAAAGUCUUCACAUAUUUAAAAUACAAGGUGUUUAAUCCUGUGAAUUAAAUUCUGGAGUUCAAAGACUUUUAUAUUGAUCAAAAAUUAGUAUAUAACAAAUUAUAUCUCUUGAUAACAGCACUUCACACAGAAGUGAAAGAAGAGACUUUCCACUUGAAGCUCAAUAAUAGCUGGUUAUAUAUUAUAAAAUACAAAAUUUGUUUAUUUUUUACUGUUAUUACAAAAUUUGUAAUGAGAAGUAUAUAUUCACAUUUGAACAAAAAUGUUCCUAUGUUAAUCUCCAACAAUCUCUAAAACCACCAACUUUAAUGGAAGGUAUUAAGUUUUGGCCCCCAAAAAUAUCAAAACUCAUUUUUUUGUUAAUUAGUUUGGAUACUGCUAUAGAAAACCCAAUAAUAAUUUGAAGCUAACUUUGGGAGCUGUAGAUCUAAAGAAAGGCAUACAUUACAAGCUAUGGUAAGACCAGAAAAAAUACAUUUUUCAUUUUAUCCCAGUAACAACACAAGUUAGAGCAUGCGUAAAUGAAUCUGUUAUUGCAAAGUAAAAUCAAGUUGGUCUUUCGAGUAUGAGAAUAUUACCAUUGCUUAAUUUAGUCAGGGAAUAUUCCCCCAGCUUUUAGUUGGAGAAGUGUUUGGUGCUGAAAUUUGACUUUAGGUCAUUAUUGUACCUAUACAAUGGAUUUUUAUAAAAUAGCUUUGAGGUAAGGAUUAAUUUUUCCUUGAGGUAGUCAUAAACCUUCUGGUAGGGUGUGCAGCCAGUUUGAGAAGAUCAAUAGUUUAAAAAUAGGGUCAAAAUAGGAUAUAGGAUUUCAUUGGGGGAAUCUUUCAUUAGAUUUGGAACCGUCAGAGGCAUUUAACUUUGAUUGUUAAUUAAAAAUAUUUUUGUAACUAUACUGUACAGACUCAACUCCUCAUUCUGUUUGAUAAGAUCCUCCAUUGUGGUAGAGCAAAUAUAAAAAUUAUGCCUCUCAUUUCUUUAAGAAAAGGUUGAGAAUUUAGUUAGGUAUGUCUGGUUGGAGCGCACAAAGUAAUACAAAAAAAUCUGAAGAUCAUGCACAGUGUCUCUCAUUCAUGCAGGACCAGACCUGCAACUGACAUGUUUGCAAAAUGAUUCCCUUUCAAAGAUAGAGCAGGAGUCCUGGAUAGGCUUUGCUUCCAACUUCACUUCAUUUACUUUCAUGUUGGACAAUACUUGCAAUAAAGUAUCCAAAUAUGUAUAACAGAUGGUGUAUAAAAGCAUUACAUUGACCAUUGCUUUAAAAUGAGAAAAUAGUUGACAAAAAUUCAAAAAAUUGCAUGGCAAUUUAUGGCCAAUAUUUGAGUGUAUUCUAUUAAGAAAAAGUAUUUGCAAGAGUUGAGUUGCUUAUUAUAAUUCAUAAUGCAUGGCAAUUUAUGGCCAAUAUUUGAGUGUAUUCUAUUAAGAAAAAGUAUUUGCAAGAGUUGAGUUGCUUAUUAUAAUUCAUAUUAGCUAACUUUUUUAUUAUUAAUUAUUAGCUUCAUUAUAUAUUCUAAAAUGUUGGCUUCCUUGUAUCCCAGCUUAUCAAGAUGCAUUUAUUAAAUAAACAAGUGUCUGUUGUUAUACACACAUUUUUGUUGAAUUAUGUUGUAGUGCUGCAACCAAAAUAUUUAUGUAUAUUUUUUCAACGCAUUUUCACAGAAAAUAUCAAGAUGUAUUAAAUAGAAUAAAAUAUUUUUCUACUUUUAA